AUGGUAUCUUCAGUCGGUCAAAGUGCCUUUCUUCCAGCAGCCAAUGGAAAUCAAGCUCAAUUCAAAGGUUUUGGAGCUUUAGCCACUGCCAAACAAAAUGGAUAUGGAGGGAAACCCAAUGGAUAUGGGGGCCCACCUGCUGUAGCUCCUGGAAAUAAUGGUCAAAGUGCCUUUCUUCCAGCAGCCAAUGGAAAUGGUGCUCAAUUUAAAGGUCAAAAUGUCUUUCUUCCAGCAGCCAAUGGAAAUGGAGCUCAGUUCAAAGGUUUUGGAGCUUUAGCAGCAGCCAAACAUAAUGGAUAUGGAGCAAAACCCAAUGCACCUGUUGUCCAGAAUGGAUAUGGAGGAAAAUCUAUGAACUAUGGAGCUGUGUCUGCUAUGGCAAAUGGACAAGAAGCCAAACCCAAUGGUGGUUACAAGAGCAAACAAACUCAACCUGGAUAUGGAGGUCACCCUCCAUAUGGUGGAAUUGGAAUGGGAAUGAUGAAACAGCAACCAGCCAAUCAAAGAGGAGGUUAUGGAAAUGGUUAUGGAUAUAACCACAAAGCUCCAGCGUUUGGUGGAUAUGGUAUGGGGCCUGGUGCUCCUAAUGGACAAGGAACUAAACCUAAUGGAUAUGGUGUUCCUUCUGGAUAUCCCAAUGGCGGGGCGGCCAAAGGACCUAAGCCGGGAUUUGGAGGAGCAGUUAAGGGACCUAAUACUGGAUAUGGUGUUCCUUCUGGAUAUCCCAAUGGCGGGGCGGCCAAAGGACCUAAGCCAGGAUUUGGAGGAGCAGUUAAGGGACCUAAUGCUGGAUAUGGUCUUCCUGCUGGCAUAACCAAAGGUGUUAAAUCAGGAUAUGCCCCUAUAAAAAAUGGAAAUGGGGGGGCUUUCGGCGGAAAUGGACCUAAAGGGGAACAUCUCCCAGCAUCAUCUAACACAAAGGGCAUUUUACCACUAGCUGAUCAUGAGUCAAGCACAAGAUUACCUUCAGCACUACAACCAACUAAAGACAUUGCAUCCGUUCUGCAACAAACAAAGGGACCAAGAGCAUUACUUCCACAGGGCAAAGCCCCCAAACCAUUGUCACCUUAUUCUGGUGUACCACAAGGAAUGUUUUCAAAUCAAUUUGUGCAGGGUCCAUCCUCUUAUAAACCAGGUAAAGCUUACAAACCAGCAGCACAUGCGCCUGUUGCCUCACAAACCAAAGGUUUGAAACCAGAUGCACCAAUAGUUUCCCAAAAACAAGAAGCACUUUCUGCGGCAGGGUCAGCUCCUAAAGGGAAAGCUCCAAAACAGUUUCCUCAAGUUCCAGAGACUGUUGCGAUGGGACCACAAGAAGUCAUUACACAGGAACAAAGCAUGAGACCUGUGGUACCACAACCAAUUACUCCACAAGCUGAACUCGCUGGUCUGGGACAAACUAAUGGACAGCAGCAGCAGCAGCAGGCUAAACCUACAAAACCUGAUUGUGGUCCUGGAGGAAGACCUAAUGGACAGUGGAUCAAGCUGCCAAGUCCUGGGUCGAUGUACCCCAAACAAAAUGGGGCAAAGCCAUCACAUCCAGCUUUUGGAGCAGGAGUGAGCGGCUCUGCUGUCCCUGGAAUGACCAAUGGCUACAAAGGUCAAGCUGUCCUUGAUGGAGCUGUCAAAGGCAAAGCAGCUGGUCCUCAAGGCAUGCUACCAAAAGGUUUGGGAUCAAAAGGAAAAUCCCAAACAAAAUAUGGCAUAGGUGGACGGGCUUUUGGUGGUUCCCCGAAUGGGUAUCAAAUGAACCCCUUUGGAAAAUAUGGUAAUGGCGGUCUGCAAUAUGGAACCAAACCUUACAAUGCAGGGGGAACAUAUGGUUUUGGCGGUUUACCCUAUAAUAAUCAGCCCUUUGGACAUGGUGGUGACAAAUUCUCUGGAAAACAUGGAUUUGGGGGUCUUCCAAAUGGUGGUCAGUCAUUUGGCCUUGGGACUGAUGCUAAAUCUGUGAAAUAUGGUAAUCCAGCUGUGCCAUAUGAGUUCCUUGGCCCAGUGACAGAUGGACAAUCUGUUGAAGAAAGCAGAAAUCUGGAGGCUUUGCACCAGGGCCCUCAGAUUGAUGGACAGAAAUCCAUUGACCAUUUUGGUGAAGGAGAGGUCCCACCCCAGCCUGAUCAGCCUGCGAUACUGGCAGCUGUCGAUCAACCUGCAAAAUCCACUGACAAAUAUGAAACGGGACACUAUGCCAAUGAAAGAAUACAACCAGAAGUUGUUUCAUUCCCUGCUGCUCCCACUGAAGGCCCCGUCCCUGACGUUCCAGCAAUCACCUCAUUUGACUCCGCCCACUUAUCAACUGGCUCCUCCCUCUCACUUGAGGGCUCCCCUCUUGCACUCCUCCCAGUGCCUGUAGAGUCCGCGGUGUCUGAUGUUGUUUCUGAAGUGUCCACCUCGCCUUUGUCCUCUCAGCCUGAACUGCCCACUUUAAUGCUGCAGCCUGCACCACCACAACAGAUCCACAUCCAACAACACAUGAAGUUCCACUUCCACCCACAAGGCAAAUCUCAGACAGGAGGAAAGGAAGACAAAUAUCAUUUGAAUGGAUUCUUUGGCAGCAAAUACCAAGGAUAAUUUGGAAGUGAAGCUCACCGUGUAAAGUUGUAUCUUCACCAGUGGCAGCUCGUGACUGCACUUCGGAGGGGCUCAAAUUCAAAAUAUGUGCUCGGAGUGUCAUGUGUGUUGCUCGUGUUUUCAAAAAAUGUGUUUGUUGCAUCAUGUGAACCAUGUGCCUCAUGUGUUUUGUCAAAAUAAGUGCAUGCUGCACGCGUCAAAACCGUUUAUGAUAAAAGAUCGCAAAAUACAUGCAAGACACUCCCUUAACAGUAAACACUGAUUGCGCUAGAGAUUAUGCGAGUAUCUGGCAAACAUGAGCGUCUCUUUUAUCAUAAACCCUUUAGACGUGUCUGCAGCAGGCAGACUAAGGCAGACUUUUUUUGACAAAACACGUGAUGCACAUAGGUUCACUCGACGCGCGAACACAUUUUGAAAUGACAAACCACACACAUGAAGGGCUACAUACAUGUUGUGACGUACUUCGCAUCGAGCGCCCUCAAAAAAAAAGAAGUCACCGGCCGCCACUGAUCUUCACUUGAUAUUUUGUCUGUGAAUUGUUGUAUAUUUUUCUAUAUUUUUUAUGUUUUCUGUAUUCACCUGUAGUUUUGUAUUCUUAAUGUAUUUUUUAGUCCAUUAAAAGGUUCCUGUUAAAAAUAUAUUUCACAAAUGACAAAUUUGAACAUUUUACAUUAUAUAUGAGUAUCUAUCUGUGUUUUACAUCUUUCUUACUUGUCAGUUCUUGUUCAGAAUUUCUUAAUACAAAAUGUUUAGCAUUUUAUGUCUGUAGCUGUCUAUGCUGUUUUACUAGAAACUGUAUUAUUUAUUACUGUAUAUUAUUUUCUGUCAGUAAUGUCGGUAAAACAAGUAAAUCAAACUCUAAACCUAA